UUGACAAUUAAUGUCAAUUGUGUCAACAAAAGCAAAGCCGAAAAUCGACAAAUACUUUUAGAAUUAGAUUUAGUAUAGCUACAUUAUUAUAGGUUGUUGUAUAUUUCACUGUAAAUAAUUACUAUAAGUUACUCGUCGAUUAUAUUAUUUAAAUUGUUAGUUUGAUAGUUUACGGCGUAAAUUCAAAAUGUCCGGGAGAGCGAAAAAGGCUAGCGCGCCGAGAAAGAAAGCCAACGGCUAUAAAAUGCCCGCACCGAUUCCUUUAGGUGAAGUAAUUCACGAUACCAUAGCUAAAAAGAAAUGGCGCAUCGGUCCUUCGAUAGGAGUUGGCGGGUUUGGUGAAAUUUACUCAGCUUGUGAACAUGAGGGUUCGCCUAAGAAAGGCUCAAAUUAUCCCUAUGUCGUAAAAAUCGAACCACAUGAGAAUGGUCCACUAUUUGUGGAAAAGCAUUUUUAUAUACGAAAUGCCAAUAAGGAUGAUAUUGCCAAAUUCAUGCAAAGUAAGAAAUUGUCAACGUUAGGUAUGCCAUCAUAUUAUGGCAAUGGGUCACAUGAUUUCAAAGGAGAGAAAUACAGGUACUUAGUUCUGGAGAGGUAUGGCAAGGACCUGUGGAGUUUGUUCAAGGAGUCGGGGCGGUCAUUUCCUGUGCCAACUGUCUUCCAAAUUGGAUUACAAAUGUUGGAUGUGCUGGAAUACAUACAUAGUAAAGGCUAUGUCCAUGCUGACAUUAAGGGAGCCAACAUACUUCUGGGUCUAAAGAAAGGCACGGAGAACCAGGCUUAUCUUGUAGACUUUGGUCUUGCUACACGGGUGAAUGAUAAGGAAUUCAAGCCGGACCCUAAAUGUGCUCAUAAUGGUACCAUUGAGUACACUAGCAGAGAUGCUCAUAUUGGAGUGUCCACAAUGCGUGGUGACCUAGAGAUUCUGGGCUACAAUAUGCUGCAGUGGAUAGUAGGGGAGCUGCCCUGGGAGAAGCACCUCAAGCAGCCCAAGACUGUGCAGACUAUGAAGGAGGCGUUCAUGAAGAAUGUUCGCAGUGAAAUCUCCAAAAACUACCCCAAUGUACCUGAUGCAUUAAUUAAGUUCUUUGAAUAUAUAAAUUCACUGAAGCCAAAGGAGCAAGUAAAUUAUGCAAAAUGUCGACAAAUAUUAGAAAGCUAUCUCAAAAGCGAAGGAAAAACUAAAACAAGUAAAUUAGAAUUCAAAAAUACAAAGAAACGAAAAGGUAAAAAUGAUACAACUGAAGACACAGAUGAAGAUGAUGCAGAAGAAAUUGAAGAGGUAGAUAAGAAAGAAACUAAAAGAAAGAAAGUUGUCAAGAAAGUGGUCAGCAGGACAAAGAAAGUUGAAAAACCUGUUGAAUCGGAGACAGAGGACUGUGAAAAUGAGGAACCUGUGGAUAAGCCGCGUGCAAAGAGAACAUUAAGGAAACCAAUUAAAAGGAAAUCAUUGGAACCAUCACUAGUAAUCAAAGUGAAGAAAACUAAAAUGACACCGAAAGCAACACCGCCAGCUAAAAAGAACCACGCCAACAUGGCGACACAGACAUCAACUGAGCGACCUAAGCGAAGCCCGCGACAGGUCUCCUUUGACAGUCCCAUCUGUGAAGUUAUUGGCACUAAGAAACCAUUCAGUGCGGCAAAAGACAACAAAUCUGCGGACUCCAGUGGUGAUAUAUUUGAUGAUUCUUUUACAUUAGAAGAAAAAAAGACUAAACCAAAGAAGCGGUUGUGUUCAGAUGAAGAGAUUUCAGUCACCAGAGUAGUUAAGAAGAAAUUGACGGUAAGGAAAGGCAGAUCGUGGAAGGACACUCCAACAGUCGUCAAUGGUAGAUCACCACCGAAAUAAUGUUACAUGUACCUUAUGUAUUCACUUGCUGUGAAUCAAUGGAGAUAAGUUAACACACUCAAUUUAGAUGUAUCGAUAAGGAUUUUGUACUUUACUAAAACAAGUGCAUUUAGUUUGGAUGACUUAUAGUUUAGAAUAUAUAAUGGUAACAAACGAUAUGCCUUUUAGAAGGCUUCGUUUAAGUUAUAAUUGGCAACAUGAAGUAUUAGAAUAUUAGAAGUACAGCCGUGUGUCUGGAUGCAAAAUUUUAAGUAAGAUGAAUCAUAAUUAUUUUGUUAAGUGAUUUACAUAAACAUGGAAUAAAUGUGUUAAAUCCGUAUGAAUGAAUAUGUACGGAAUGUCCUUAAACUUUUCUAUUCGGGUGAAUGAUUGAAGAAAAUAAAAUUAGUAAUUUGUUUUGGUGUUGUAAAUGAACUUUUCACAUGGGUUUUAGAUAAAUUAGUAAUUAACCUGUUAACCGGGGAGUUCUCGUUCAAAUUAUGCAACAUGUACCGGGCGCGUAUUGUUUCGCUAGGACGUGUCAAUACGUCACGCCCGGAGACCGUCAUUUCAUAUUUCUAUAUUUUAAUUUAUUCAUAAAAUGAAUGAUAAAUUAUGAAAUGUAUAUCGUUUAUUAAUAAUUUUAAAGUACAAAAGGAAUCACAAAACAAUUAAGAGCAAGUAAACAAAAUAGAAUUUUUGAGGACGUAUUCAUAUGUCCUAACCGUAAUCGAUAUUGUUUACGCCUCACGCAUUUAUACGUCUUGUCCGGUUAACUGGUCAAGUAGCUUCUUAGACAAUUUUCAGGUCGAAAAUGGGUCAAUGUUUGAAAAUUACGACUAAAUCUAUGUUAAAUGUAUUUAUUAUGCUAAUUAUAGGACUUGGUAUACUCUUAAAUGUUCAAUUUGAGUGCGUUAACUUUCUCACCUCCGUUUUGCCAUAAUCAACAUAACCCCACCAUUAUUACACAAACUUGGUUACACAGAUUCUUAUGUAUUUAUUCCAUACUUAGUGUAAGUUUUCAUUACGACUUUUUUAUAUAUCUAUAUAUAAAUAAAACAUUUAUUGAUUUCUCAUAAUUCACUCAUCUUGAUUUUGUUACUGUUGUUUUUUUAAUCCCACUUAAAUAUAGAAUUUACUUUUCACCUUUCAGUUUGCUUUGACAAUAUAUUUAUUUGAAUUUUCAUAUGUUAAAUCGUGUCACGCUUUUGAUUUUUCCACCUAGCUAAUAAAAUCAAACUACUCUGUCAAUUUUGUAUGUUAAAGUUUUUACCGGUCUUUUUUCGUAUAUCGAAUAAAUCUAUUAUGUAAUUCACUCUCCACUUCGUUACCUGAUACAUUUUUAGUUAUAAUAAAACUGUUAAGAAACUCCUGUGCCAUGAAUCUGCUCAAAUUCAGAAUCUGUUGUAACAAAAUUUCAGUUAAUUCAAGGUGUCCUGCCU